AUGAAUCGCUAUGAACUGAAUAAAAAUGGAAAAGUGGGUCUUGAUAUUUUCUUAAAAGGUUUCCAAUUCCCCAAUUUCAAAGGCUUAGUUCCUUCUGAGCCUCUGUCACAGGCACACCAAAAUUCACUAAGCCUUAAAGGCAAGAACGUGAUCUUCGUGGCUGGUCUGGGAUGCAUUGGCCUGGACACCAGCAAGGAGCUGCUCACGCGCGAGCUGAAGAACCUGGUGAUCCUGGACACCCAAGAAAACACGGAAGGAUUGUAUGGGCUGAAGGAAAUCUGUCUGGAUGACGGGCCAGAUGUCGAGCCAGAUGUGGCAGAGCUGCUGCUGGAGCACCCCACCCAGUCCAAGGCCAUUGAGAAGAACAAGAACGGUGGUCUCUGGUUCCUCGACCAGGGCACCCUGGAGGACAUCAAGUGGACGAGGAGGAGGAGAGACUGAGGAGGAGUCUCUUUUUAUUCUAUAUAGUC